AUGGUGAGUUCUUGUAGUACAGAUUUCAAAGCUAAUAUAUCAUGUUUGAUAAUACCUUGUAUAACAAACAAUAUUCCAAUAAAAGCGAUAAAUACUGWGUCCAUAAAGAUACCGAAUAAUAUAAUACUAGCUGAUAAAGCCUACAACAAACCACAACGUAUAGAUAUGUUGAUGGGUGUAGAAUUGUUUUUUGAUUUAUUGGAUAAGGGUCAAAUUAAAUUAAAUGAAAAUGGACCUACAUUGAAAGAAACAAAGUUUGGUUGGAUUGUGGCAGGCCCGGUCAAUAAUAAAUCAAAUUUAAAAGAGGCACAAAAUAUUUCUUUAAGCACGUAUCAAAUAAAUGAUAAUUUAGAAGAAAAAAUUGCAAAGUUUUGGAAAGUAGAAAACGUAGAUAAAAAUACUCAUUACACUUUGGAAGAAAAAACUUGUUACGAUCAAUUUAUUAAAACAGUGCGACGCGACGAAUCUGGCAGAUUCGUAGUACAAUUGCCGUUCCGCGAAGAAAUUAGUAAUAAAUUAGGUAAUUCUUAUCAAAGCGCGUUCCGGAGAUUUCUGUCGACCGAAAAACGAUUAGCACUAAAUACAAAAUUAGGUAAAGAUUAUCAGCAAUUUAUUGAUGAAUAUCUAUAUCUCGGUCAUAUGGAACUGCUGUGCAGUGCGGGGGAAAGGUCGGUCAAUGAACCCGGCUAUUUUCUACCGCAUCACGCCGUAAUAAACGAAAAUAGUAGUACCACUCGCCUGCGCGUAGUAUUCGACGGAUCUAGUAAAACUGAUACAGGCAUUAGCUUAAACAAUGUACUAUUAAAAGGGCCUACAAUACAAGACGAUUUAGUUAAUAUUUUGGCUAGGUUUCGUACACACAAAUAUGCGAUAUCCGCGGACAUGUCAAAAAUGUACCGUCAAAUUUGGGUUACACCGGAACAUCGCAAAUAUCAAAAAAUAUUUUGGUGGGAAAAUAAAGAACAACCUAUGCAAAUAUUUCAGUUAAAUACGGUCACUUAUGGCACUAUCUCGGCAUCGUUCUUAGCUACCGCGUGCUUGUAUAAAUUAGCAGAAUAUGAGUAUAGUAAUUUUUCAGAAGCGUGUACUGCUACAAAAAAAUGA